CUAAAUUACACAGCAACUACCAUAAAAACAACGACCUAUAUUGUAUUUUUAGUUUGUCAACGUAUCUUAUUACUCUCUUUUUCAGAUUGAAUAACAAGGUAGUUUAGAAAAGAUGUUUAAACCAAUUACAAGUUGUCGAAACUACAUCGGAAGUUACCCACAUAUCGACGAUGAAGACUAACGUUCACUAUAUAAUCCUAUUUUUGGUGAUAUUAUUACGCUGCAACUGCGCUGUUAGAGCAUGUGAAACUGGCUCUUGGGGAGAUAACUGCGAGAAAAAAUGCGCGGCAAAUUGUGAAGGGUCAUGUGACAAAUUAAAUGGCGUCUGCACUCGUUGUCUGACAAGAUUCUGGGAUAGUUAUUGUAACCAUUCUUGCAGUGUUUAUUGCAACGGUAACUGCGAAAAAGUUGAUGGAAAAUGUACCUCUUGUAAAAGCGGACUUUGGGGUACCCUGUGCAAUAAAAAUUGCAUUGUUAACUGUUCGACUUGUGAUAAAAAUACUGGGACGUGUCAAAGUUGUCAAUCAGGAUUAUGGGGUGAAUUUUGCAAUAAGACUUGUGGUGUAAAUUGUUAUUAUUGUGCAAAAAGUAACGGAUACUGCAAUUAUUGUAAAAACAAUCUUUGGGGUCCUUCAUGCAAUAAUACUUGCAAUUUGUCGUGUCCGACAUGCAAUACAUACACUGGACAUUGUAAUUAUUGUACAACAGGACGCUGGGGUGCAUUUUGUAAUAACACAUGUGAUGAUGCUUGUCGUAAUACAUGCCAUAGAUUUACUGGAUAUUGCGACAAGUGUAAUAAUGGAUAUUGGGGAGUCUUCUGCAAUAACACAUGCAGUGAAAAAUGUUAUGGUUGCUACAUAUCCAGUGGUACCUGUACAAGUUGUAACAAUGGUUUUUGGGGUGAUUUAUGUGACAAUAAAUGUAUCGGGAGUUGUUCGUCAAAUGCGUGCGACAAAAAUUCGGGGAAAUGUACCAGUUGUCCGAUGGGCAAGUGGGGAAGCUACUGUGAAAAUGUGUGCAAGAAAUCAUGCUCCUGGAGCUGUGAUAUACGCACAGGAGAAUGCGCAUGUAAAGUUGGAUACUGGGGUACAGAUUGCUCUAGCAUGUGCAAUGACUCAAACUGUGAUGUAUGCUCACAAGCAGAUGGAUCAUGCACAAAAUGCAAGCCUGGCUUUUGGGGAUCUAGUUGCGACUUUAAAUGUAAGUCUGAUACAUGCCUUCAAUGCUAUAUCGACAGUGGACUAUGCAGUGAUUGUCGACUUGGACGAUGGGGAUCACUUUGCAAGAACAUGUGCAGGCAUGGAUGUCCAUGUUGCAGCAUCUCUUCUGGAGCAUGCUCAUUUAGUUGUCCGGAUGCAGUUGACAAUGUUGACAAUAAAUCGACAGUCAGGGAGGAUCCGGCACAAGGAAUAGGUUACAUAACAGUUAUCAUCUCUGUGGUUACUAGUUCGGUAGUUUUUGUAACAGGAGUUGGAACAUUUAUCUUCAUCAGAUCUAGAUUCAGGCAAACAAGACACAAGGAAAGUGCGAACAUGCAAGGUUCUUCAUCAGAAAUGUCUGAAACACCGUCUACACAAACAUCUCAAAGUACAAGAAAUGAGAUGUGCAUCGCUGUUGCAGAGCAUGUCGACACAUCAGAUGAUCAUACUUACGAGAAAAUUAGUAAAUAAAGAAUGUGAUGUAUUUUCAUCUAGGAAAAACAAUUUUACUGCACAAAGUUCCACUGGGUGUCCCAUAAAGUUGUAGUUGAGAAGAACUGUUUAUUUUGUCACAUAUCAAUCUCAUGAACAAUAUAUGCAUGAUGAUUGUAUGUAAAUAAUGAAACUUUAAAAAUUCAGAAACCACGAGAGAGGUUCUUUGCUAAAAUUUAUAAAAGCAAUUUUAUAAGAUUAUUUGAUAGAUAUUGUUAAAAUGUCUUAGUGGUUGACGGAAAAUAACAGAUUGCGCAAAAUUUGACCAUUUUGUCGGGACAUGCAACUUUCGACCAGAUAAGCUAAAGUAAAAUGUUCACAUCAAAUAUCCAUAACGUAAUUAUUAAAAUUGAAGUUUUUACAUUUCCAUACCGCCUGGUUAUACCAUAUCAAUACGAAAGGUCGGUUACAGUUGGCUUAUAUUUUCCGCUUGUCGGGGACACAAAUAGUCUUACGCAACGAUUGCGGCGUUUGCGCCUCAUUCGAUAAGCAGAUAACGAGAUGCGUAACCUAAUUUAAUUGUCCUGUUGUAAAUGUCUCAGUUAUAAACUUAUUUUAAAUCAUAAUAUUGAUCUUAAUCAAUUAAUUAUUUAAUAAUAAAACAAUCUUUUCCCCUAAUGUUUGUUUCAAUCAAAUUAAAACCGUUGUACUUAUAAGCAUGUUCUGAAAAUUGUAUCAUUUUUUAUAAAAUUUAAUGUAUCAGUAUAUAUACUGUUUGAAUUUUUGUUCUACUCGAAGUUUUUUUCUGAAAUUUGAUUUUUUAAAGCCUGUAUUCAAUACCUAAGAUUACAUACUAUUAUGCUUUCAUGGAUAAAUAUUUUAUAUUUUCACACAAUGAACCUUCUACAAGUAGUGUAGCUUUUAAUAUGCCUUACAUAUUCAGGCAGAGAAAUUUUAUAUCAUUCAUGACAUAAAACAUUUGAGUGUAACAAUAGGAUAAAGAGUGUGUCACCAAUUCAUUUCUUUCUUAAUAUAAGUAAUAUAAGAUGGUGUAUCAAAACUAUAAAUUUGUUCAACAUAAUAAAGAAGCUAACGAAAUCUAUACUAACAUUUAAUGUAUUUUUAACAAAGUGUUUUUGUUAACAUAUACUAUGUAACUACUUAUGCAUUUACAUUUAAAAGUCUGCUGUAUGUAAUGUGAAAGCAUUAAUUACCGUUUAAAAAGGAAGUCGUAAGAAAUGUAUCAACAUAAAUUUGGAAAAUAUGAUAUGAUACUUUAACUUAUGAAGUACUUUAUUUGUACUGGAAUUAAUCAUAGCUAAAUGUAAAUGUAGAUAUGUGGUUAUCUAUACAGGAGAGUAAACAUAAAACAUUAAAAUAAAUGCGUUAGGUCUACUGUUCACUAUACAUCAUUUCAUCCUCAUCGGGUGUGGUGUUAAGUUAAUGAUAUAUCAAAAUUUAUAAUACUGAAUGUUUGUAACGUCGCUUUUCAUUGGAUAAUCGUGUCGUUUAUUUAGUUUUAUAUUCACGGCUGCUGUCAAUUUUUGAAGAAAUAUCUUUUUUUCUUCAGAAAUGACGGUGCUCUAUUAUAAAUUCGUUAUAAAGUUUCCUGACAGGUUAUAUGGCUGUGUAUAAAAUGUACUUUACAAAAAACCCUCGCCUAGAAAUAUUAAAUUUGAAUUUUCAACAUACGUACUUCAAUCAAUUUAUAUUUCAAGUUUCAUAAACGUAUUUUCAGUACUUUUGAAUUUUCACGGGAUCCAAUUUCAGAAGACAGACUGACGGACGGACGGACGGAUGUCCCUUGUAACUAGACAAUACUGAUGUGACUACUCUGCCCGAAAACCUGUCUAUUUACCAACAUAGAGUAAUGGACAUGGUGAAUCUUAACCACAAAGUAAAAAUUCUCAUCAGAGUCUAACGUCUCGGGUGAUAUAAAAUCUUGGCAUGUUGUAUAUCUACAUAUAUCACUCCAAACCCCAAAUAAAGUAUAAUAUAAACGUCACGAUUAUUCAAUGAAUAGCGUCGUUACAAACGUGCAGUUUUAUGUAUUUAAAUAUGGUACACGCAUCAUGUACUGAUCACCACAACCGAAGAAGAUGAUAUGAUGUUAAUAGAAUAGCAGACCUAACAGAUUUAUUUAUAUUCUUUAUUUUUACUCUUCUGUAUCAACAACUACAGAUUUACAUUUGAAUUUUACGUUUUGGUAUUGAAAAUAAUAAAUUCAGGUACAAAUAAAGUACAUCAUAAGUUUAAGUGUAAUAUUUUAUUAUUGCAAGAAUUUAUGUUGAUACAAUUCUUACGAUUCCCUUAUGAAAUGCUUUCACAUUAUUUACAUUAGACUUUGUUAUCCAUGCAUAAAUGAUAACAGAUUAUAAAUGUACAUACGUCAUUAAACAUUUAUUAAAUGUUGGUAUAGAUUUCAUGAGUAUUGAACCAUCAUCUUCCUUAUUCACUAUUUACAUCAUAUACGACAGCGAUUAAUCUUCCUGCCUAAUUUAUGGUAUGGGGAAGUUUUCGGUCGUAAUAGAAUUUUUCAACACGCAUUUUACGAACAAGCAUAUGUCUAUUCAUAAACUAUACCCAGUUACCCAUGUCAUCGUCAAUUGGGCAUUAAAUGAUACGCUUGUGAAACGUCAAGUGCAUGCAUCUUAUAGAUAUCAUUAAUUGCAGUUGCUAAAAUACUUCAUGUGUUUUUUCUAACAUUGAUAACAAAUCAUGAUAAACAGAUAAAAGUUUUGAUGUAUCAUCUAUUAUUAAGAAAUAAAUUUAUCGGUGAUAAAGCUGAAGUGUGACUUAUUACAUUUAGUAAUUAAAUGAAAUACCAAAUAGAAAAAUGUAAUGCAAAUUAUUAACAAGAUAAUGAAAUAUAAAUUGAAAAGUAAUUAAGAACAAUUACCUUAAACCAACAAUAAUCAACUAAUCUGGAUUAAACCUAUGGUGUUAGUGUGUGUGAGAUGUUAUUUUAUUUAUAUGAAAAAAAACGUAAUGAAAACGGAAAAUACAAAUAAAUUGCAUUGUAAUUGUUGUCCUAAAAGGACUUUGUACACUACCUUAUCGAGAGUAAAAAUUACCGAUGUUUUUAGCAGUUAAACACUGUUUUAUUCUGGUGACAAAAUCACGAAGAGUGUUAGUCACUUCUUAUUGAGUUAUUAAAAUAUAACAGUAUAAAAGGAGUAUUAAAUGCAUUUCAUUUUGCAUUAUUUUAAUUUAAUAAUGCAUCUGGGCUGCUUCUAAAUCAAUCCCUAAUAUAAUAUAUGUUCAUCUACAUCUACAUUUUGUCAAACAAGACGUUUAUUUCAUUAUGUUCAAGUUUCGUAAACUUCUACUGUAUAUAAUCAUGCAUGCCCUAUAAGCUAUGUAUACGGACUCUGCGGAAAUCUUAAAUCACAAACACAGACCAUACCAAUUGAUUUAAUAAAUAUAACAGAAGUUGAAAUAUGAAAUACGGUUUAGGUGAUUAAGUAAAAGUUGGAUUUACCAGUAAGAUUAAAUGUAAAUAAUUUACCUUAAGAUGUUUUGAAUAUCAUACAAGCAUCUCUAUAGAAUACCUGAUUUACAAAGACAUUUUUAUAACCGAAUGAAAUUUAUAUUUCUCAUUAAAUUAAUUCUUUAAACAUUUGUACAUGUACUUAAAGUUUUGUCGGUUAAUGACUCUAACUAUUCACAUUGUAAAUAGAGUAUAAUUACUGAACUACACAUCCACCGUGCAUAUCCUAUAGCGCCGGAAUGUGAAAAUAACGCAUGAUUCGUGCAAAAAGAAACCCAGAAUUGUGCAAUAAAUGACAUACACCUUGUAAAUCCUGUAAGGUGACCGCCAUUUUUUGCGCAAUUCAGCGUUGCUUUUUACACGAAUCGUGCGUUAUUUUCACAUUCCAGCGUGACUGGAUAUACUAGUACAAGGUGGUUGUAUAAAUCAGUAACACAAUAUUUACAACUUUAAAUACGUUUUAAUAAUCAAUUUAAUGACGACAAAAAAUAAAUAAAUAAAAGCAAUAUAGUCUUUGUAUGCAAGACAUGUUUUAAUGUGUGACGAUAUCAGCUUUUUUGAAACCUUUCCAUACAAAGGUGACUGUCACUGGAAAACAAUUUCAUUUGAAAAUAAAAUCAGUCCUUAAUCUUUGCUUACGUUAAAGGUUGUUUGAAAUCAGUUAAUUUGUCCAUUUGCAAAAGGAGAAGCUUUAAACAUAUGUCUUCAUAUAGAAAUUAUUCCGAGAAAGGUAAUUUAAAAAAAAAGUAUUUUGAGAAUUGUUUUUUUUGUUUGUUUAUUUUUUACAAUGAAAAAAAUUAAUUUUGUUACAUAUAACAGUAGAUGAUUUAACUUAAUUUCUGAAAUAUAUUGAAUAAAAUUAUGCAAAACAAAUGAAUUCGGCAACUUAUUAUUCUUUUUUGUAAUUUAUAAACUUUAAAUAUUUUUUGAUAUAUGCAACCAGUUGUAUAUUUAAAGUAGGGCAACCAACCUAAGUACUUCUAGGAAAAAUCGCACCGAAGGAAUGUUACAAUAUACUGUUAAAUUUUUUUUUUCACAUAUCAGAAAAUAUAUUUAAUUACAAAAAAAUAUUUUUUUUUCUAAUUAUAUUUUCUUAGAUUUCAACUUAAUUAAUCAUACUUUACAUAUGUCUUUUUCACAUCUAUUUUUAAAUAACAUUGCAGUCAGUAUUUUAGGGGAGGGCCCCCGAUAAUGUUGAUAUAACUUUUGGCCCAACCCUUUUGUAUAUUUACAUUAAUGUAUUUAUGUAUAAUUGUAAAGAUUUAUGUAUGUAUGUAUAUAUAUAUACAAUAAAAUAUGUUUAAACUAAACUAAAAUUGUUUUUAGUUCAAUUAUAUGUAUAAUAGUAUGGAAAGUAAAAAUUGA